CGUUGGCUGGCGGGCGCCCAAUCCCGGGGCAUGCCGCGGGAGCCCCGCCAGGACGCACGGUGAAAGACGAGUUAAGUGGAAGGCUUGACCCCAGCUGCCAGCAGAGGCCGGAGUGGGGAGCCCGGGCGGCGGCGCGGCCGCUGCGGUGCGUGUCCCGAGGCUGCAGCCGAGGGGGACUCGGCGGGAAGCAGGAGGCAUGGCUUCGGUGUUCAUGUGCGGCGUGGAGGACCUGCUGUUCAGCGGCAGCCGCUUCGUGUGGAACUUGACCGUGUCUACGCUGCGGAGAUGGUACACGGAGAGGCUGCGAGCUUGCCACCAGGUGCUGCGGACGUGGUGCGGGCUGCGGGACGUGUACCAGAUGACAGAAGGCAGGCACUGCCAGGUGCACCUCCUGGAUGAACGGAGGCUGGAGCUGCUGGUUCAGCCCAAACUUUUAUCAAGAGAGCUACUGGACCUCGUGGCGUCACAUUUCAACCUGAAAGAAAAAGAGUACUUUGGAAUCACAUUUACAGAUGACAUAGGUCAGCAGAACUGGCUCCAGUUAGAUCACCGAGUUCUUGACCACGAUCUGCCCAAGAAACCAGGCCCAACCAUUUUGCACUUUGCUGUGAGGUUUUACAUUGAAAGCAUAUCGUUUUUAAAGGAUAAAACUACGGUGGAGCUGUUUUUCCUGAAUGCGAAGUCUUGUGUGCACAAGGGGCAAAUUGAAGUGGACAGUGAAACCAUCUUCAAGUUAGCCGCGCUCGUUUUGCAGGAAGCCAAAGGGGAUUAUACCAGUGAUGAAAAUGCCAGGAAGGAUCUAAAGACACUACCAGCCUUUCCAACCAAAACCCUUCAGGAACACCCAUCUCUUGCUUACUGUGAGGACAGAGUCAUUGAACACUACUUGAAAAUCAAAGGUCUGACUCGGGGUCAAGCUGUGGUUCGGUAUAUGAAAAUAGUGGAAGCUCUGCCAACCUAUGGAGUUCAUUAUUAUGCAGUGAAGGAUAAACAAGGACUACCUUGGUGGCUUGGAAUCAGCUAUAAAGGAAUCGGACAGUAUGAUAUACAGGAUAAGGUGAAGCCUCGGAAGUUAUUCCAAUGGAAACAGCUGGAGAACUUGUAUUUUCGUGAGAAGAAAUUUGCUGUUGAAGUUCACGAUCCACGGAGGAUUUCAGUAUCAAGAAGAACCUUUGGGCAAAGUGGGCUCUUUGUGCAAACGUGGUAUGCAAACUCUUCUCUCAUCAAGUCCAUCUGGGUAAUGGCAAUUAGUCAGCAUCAGUUUUACCUGGACCGGAAGCAAAGCAAAGCAAAAAUUCCUUCAGCCCGGAGUUUAGACGAUAUCGCGAUGGAUUUGACAGAGACGGGAACACCAAGGGUCUCUAAACUGGUCACGCUGGAGGCAAAAAGUCAGUUCAUCAUGGCAAGCAAUGGCAGUUUAAUCUCCUCAGGUUCUCAAGACUCAGAAAUUAGUGAAGAGCAAAAGAGGGAGAAAAUCUUGGAACUCAAGAAGAAGGAAAAACUGUUGCAAGAAAAACUCUUGAAAAAAGUCGAGGAACUGAAGAAGAUCUGUUUGCGAGAGGCUGAGCUCACAGGCAAAAUCCCGAAGGAGUAUCCACUGAACAUCGGUGAGAAACCGCCUCAGGUCAGACGGCGUGUAGGAACCACGUUCAAGUUAGAUGACAACUUGCUGCCGAGUGAAGCGGAUCCUGCUUUGCAAGAAUUGGAGAGCAAUUUCCUAAUACAUCAAAAGCUGGUUGAAGCUGCAAAAAAACUUGCCAACGAGCCAGACCUUUGUAAAACUGUGAGGAAAAAAAGGAAGCAAGAUUACACAGAUGCAGUGAAAAAGCUCCAGGAGAUUGAAAAUUCAAUAAAUGAGUAUAGAAUUAGAUGCGGAAAGAAACCCAACCAGAAAGGAACAGUUAUUUUACCAGAAGACAUUAUCCCAUCAGAGAACAGCUCCCUGUCUGACACUACCACCUAUGAUGAUUCCAAUGACGCCUUCACUCUGGCUGGACAGCGAUCAAGUUCAGUGCCUCAUUCUCCAAGGAUUCUCCCCCCAAAGUCUCUGGGAAUUGAGAGGAUCCAUUUCAGAAAGCCAUCUAUCAAUGAGCAGUUUGUGGAUACCAAACAGUCCAGAGAGAUGCUGUCAACGCAUAGCAGCCCGUACAGAACCCUGGAGAGGAGGCCUCAGGGAGGACGGAGCAUGCCCACCACACCAGUUCUUACCCGAAAUGCCUACAGCAGCAGCCACCUGGAGCCCGAAUCCUCAUCUCAGCACUGCCGCCAGAGAAGUGGGAGCCUGGAGUCCCAGUCCCAUCUGCUCUCUGAGAUGGACAACGAUAAGCCAUUUUUCUCCCUCUCUAAAUCCCAAAGAAGCAGCAGCACAGAAAUCCUAGAUGAUGGAUCUUCCUAUACCAGCCAAUCGAGCACCGAGUAUUAUUGCAUGACACCUGUUGCUGGGCCUUAUUACACCACCCAAACUCUGGACACGCGUGCUCGGGGUCGGAGAAGGUCCAAGAAACAGAACGCUUCAACUUCCAAUUCCGGAAGCAUGCCCAACCUGGCCCAGAAGGAUAGUUUAAGGAAUGGUGUCUACUCGAAGAACCAGGAGCAACCUUCGUCCAGUUACUAUAUUGCUGGUUAUGCCCCAUACGCAGAGUAUGAUCUUUAUUAUAGUGGUGGCUAUGUCUACGAGAAUGAUACUGAGGGACAAUAUACGGUCAAUCCUUCCUACCGGUCCUCCACCCACUAUGGAUAUGACCGCCAAAGGGACUACAGCAGGUCCUUUCAUGAAGAUGAGGUCGACCGAGCACCUCACAAUCCAUAUGCAACUCUUCGUCUGCCCAGGAAAGCUGCUGCGAAGUCAGAGCACAUCACCAAAAACAUCCACAAGGCCUUAGUUGCAGAGCACCUACGUGGCUGGUAUCAGCGAGCUUCUGGUCAGAAGGAUCCGAGUCACAGCCCUCAGACUAGCUUUGACUCAGACAGGGGUUCUCAGAGAUGCCUGGGGUUUGCUGGGUUGCAAGUACCCUGUUCUCCAAGUAGUCGAGCAUCUUCCUACUCUUCAGUGUCUUCUACAAAUGCUUCUGGAAACUGGAGGACCCAGCUAACCGUAGGCUUAUCUGACUAUGAGACGCCCGCACAUUCUUACACCAGCUGUUACGGCAAUAUCUAUAACCCUUUGCCCUCUCCAGGCAGACAGUACACAGAGACCAGUCAACUGGACAGUACGGAUGGACACGCCUUGGAGGACAGCCUGGAGAGUGGCGAGCAGAGGCUCUUUUGGCACGAGGACUCAAAGCCUGGAACAUUAGUCUGAGCUGGGGUUGGACCUCUUGACCAAGCACUGCAUUCUCUCACGGGUGUGCCUUGCAAAAUGUGUUCCCAGAAGGCCGUUGGCCUUGCAAACCUAAAGGCAGCAAAGGUUGAAGAGAGGACUCACUUGGCCCUGAAAUGAAUCACACACCAGGCCAUGCAAAGCCCCUCAAUGAUGAAUUGCCUUUCACAUUCUAGGCACUCACCUAACAGCAAGAUUGAACCACCCCUGAACCAUGGCCAAGAGAGAACUCGGCCUUUAUCAAUAACAAGCACUUUCAAGGGGAUGAAAGUUGUUGAAGGCAAACCUUCAAACUGUGAAAAGUUCAUUUAGGGUUUGCAAGAGGAAUGAAGGACAGGGAAAUUUGAGAGCACAGUUCAGGAUGAUGAGAAGAGGGAGGCCAGGUUGUUAUUGCUCGCCACCAGAAAGUUUGAAUUUGCAAGCUGGCCAAGAAUAGCACACUGUUUCUAUAUGGACCUGAACAAUUUUGACAGUAUUGGAAAAUUACUUGAAGCUGGAUUUUCAUGAAGUUCUGAAUGAGUGUAAAUGUGUUUAGGAUAUUGUAAAGAGUGAUGGUUUUCAAUAAGCACCAUAAGAUGGGUUCUGGAAAGACUGAUUGCUGAAGCAUCCUGUAAUAUAACUUUAUGGUAGCAGAUUGGGGAAAAUGAAGCAGCCCACUGAAUAAUUGACAAACUGCUUGGAUAAUUUUCUAAGGUACAAUAUCAUUGAAUUUUUUUCUUUUCACACCAAUGGCAUGAUAAGCUAUUAUUCAGGCUAGUACCUCUCCAACUUGGCUGUUUGAAAUGGCAGAAUUGAUACAGAAAAUUUUUACAAUCGAGUGUUUGAAAAAGCAUUUUAAAGUGAUACAGAAAGAACCAAAAGGAGGACCAGAAUGAUAAUACAGCAGGUAGGGCAUUUGCCUUGCACAUGUCUGACCUGGGUUCAAUCCUCGGUAUUCCUUAGGGUCCCCCAAGCACUGCACAGAGUAAUUCCUGAGUGCAGGGUCAGGAGUAACCCCUGAGCAUCUCUGAGUAUGACCCAAAAAAAUACCCUCUCCCAAAAAAAAUAGAACACAAAAGAAAAUAAAUGAGGAAAAAAAGUAUCAUUUUAGAUGAUUUGUGUGCCUUAAUAUGGUGAACAUUUGAAAAGAAACAUGCUGUCUGGAUUCCAUACAUAGCUGUAAGUCACCAAGUGACAAAGACUGAUUCGUCAUUUAAAAACAAACCCUCCAAGCUGCAGUAGAUUUAAUUAUGAGGCUUAACUACCUCCUCCUUUCCUUGAAAGAACUAAUUAGCUAUGAUUUAUUGUAUGUUUUUUAAGCAAAUAUUUCCAUAUUCCAGAUUGAUCUUUUUGUCAUCUUUAUUCUGCUUCGAAAUUCUAUAAAAGGUGCUCCUCCCCCCCACCCCUCUUUUAUACAGGUUUCGUGUUCAUAUUGUGAAUAGACAUUUCUGAACAACUUUUUUGGAACAUUUUCUAUCUAUAUUCCAAAGCAUGUAAUAUAUACAUAAAGAUGAUUUGUUAAAUUG